AAUGGCAGUGUUUAAUCCCUUCGAUCCCUUAAAAAAUGUUACACCGCGGUUUACAGAAGAACAACUAAACGAAAUAAUAGAUUUUUUUGAUGAGAAAGCCCAACCUUUAUUAACUAUAAAUGAUGGAGAACCUAUUAACAUAUCAUAGACGACAUUUCAAUUACCCUACAUAUAUGGAAAUCAUGGCUGACGCAGAACUUUUGAAGGCUGGGGUGACUAGAGUAUUGACAAAAGAGCAAGUUAUUUACAUGUUACAUAAACGAGUUAAAGAAGCAGAAAUCAAACAUGAAUUACUUUUGGCUUUUCAAGUUUUUGACACGGAAAAGAGAAAUUUCCUAGAGCUUGGAGAAGUAGAAUCGAUAGUUACUAGUUACGAAGAUGCAUUCAAUAGAGACGAAACUAUAGAAAUGUUGCGUGAUGCGAAUAUACGUGGCGAUGGAAACAUAGUUUAUGAGAACUUUGUUGAAAGUUUAUUUGCCAUGGCGCCAGAACUCUACGAAAUACCGACUGAUUUCCUCUAUACUGAUCCCGAUGAAGAUCCUUCAGUCCCUCCACUUCCUCCGGAGCCGGAACCCGAACCAGAAACACCUCCACCUCCACCACCACCUCCUCCACCCCCAGCAAAAGCACAGGCAAAAGGAAAAAAGAAAUAA